UGUCACGUGACACGGUCAUCCGUAAUGCAAGAUGGAGUCGAGGCGUUUCGAGGAUGUGUACUGUAAUCAAAAUGUGCUAAAUAGUACGAGUGAUGCUUAGGUUUAGAGAGUAGCAAAUGCAUAUUUUCAGUAUUUUUUAUUAAAUCUGUAUGCGGUCAUCUUAAAUCUGUCUGUUAAAGAUUGAUUUUCUCUAAAUUUGAUCAUUGAGGAAUCUAUUUAGCAAGCGAGCUAGCAGCAAUCUGUCAAGUGGUUGGAAUGUUCAUAAAUGUCCUAUAAAUCUGGAGAUCAAUAUGGCGCUAAGGGAGUUAAAAGUUUGCCUUCUUGGGGACACCGGGGUCGGCAAGUCCAGUAUUGUGUGGAGGUUUGUGGAAGACAGCUUUGACCCAAACAUUAAUCCAACUAUUGGGGCAUCCUUCAUGACAAAGACUGUGCAGUAUCAGAACGAGCUACACAAGUUCCUGAUAUGGGACACUGCUGGACAGGAGAGGUUCCGUGCUCUGGCGCCAAUGUACUACCGAGGCUCGGCUGCGGCCAUCAUUGUCUAUGACAUCACUAAAGAGGAGUCCUUCCAGACGCUGAAGAACUGGGUGAAGGAACUCCGGCAGCACGGCCCUCCAAACAUUGUGGUGGCCAUCGCCGGAAACAAGUGUGACCUUUCUGAUGCCAGGGAGGUGUCAGAGAAGGAUGCCAAAGAUUAUGCCGACUCCAUUCAUGCCAUAUUCGUGGAAACCAGUGCCAAAAACGCAAUUAACAUCAAUGAAGUGUUUAUUGAGAUUAGCCAGCGUAUCCCUGUGCUUGACACGGUGGGAGGGGCUGCAGGGCAGGGCUUCAAACUGCGGCGCCAGCCCUCUGAGACUCGACGCAGCUGCUGCUGAUGCUGCCCAGGACCGGGACACCCGACCCCCCGACCUCUGACCCUGUCUCUGCCCAGUCUCCACAGUCCCUCGGACCUUCCAGCCCCCGUCACAGAGAAUCGCAAUUGGUGCUAACGCUGCCUUAGAUUGUUCCGCCCAUACCCUGGGACCAGUCCCUUCCUACAGUCCUGUCAGUCCAUCAAACACUUCCUGGUGCCCGUCAGAGACCAGGACGGUACUGUAGUACUCCACACCACGGCAGGCCUGCUUCAUUACAUCCCCUUGUUUCGCUGGCGAACAUGUCCCAACAGGUCCGCCCUCCACAGGCCUCCGAUGGAUCCUUCAAGUCCUCGUGGUUUCCUCAGACAACACCGACAUGCUGUCUGCUCAUCCCGACCACACACAGGGUCACAUCUGCUCCACACCCUCCCGUCUGGCUGGUCCAUGCAGCCAGCGCCAGGUCCAUCAUGGUACGGUGGUUGGCUGUAGACUCUCAUCCUGUCUUCUUGCCUGGACACAGCAGGUAAUGUUCAGCUGUCCACAUCAUGCCCUGUCAAACACAAUGGAUGGGGAAUGGUUGAUUCAGAUUGUGCCAUAUGUAGAAGUUUGCUUUAUUCCAUGCUCCAGAUGGAACUACAAACACAAUCUCACAACAGGACCAAAACAACAUGGCAUUAUUCAUUAAGCUAAGCCCUACCAGAACUAAAUUGUGUACUAGAUAUCUUGCAGUCUUUUUCCAUGCGCUCUGUGUUCUUUGACAGAGACACAUCAUCAUGUAGGCAUGGCUGAACACACAUUUUUGUAUUUUGUGUUUUAUUAAUUCAGUGCUCGUCUUUGCAAACAUUUAAUCUGCUUCAUGUUCUGCACUUUUGAGGGACAGUGGGGUUAUGUCAGGUAAAUGGCUGUACACACAAUAAAUAUAUAGAGAGUAGUAUACGCUAAGGAGUAAGAACUACCAUGCUUCACUUCUUCAAUGAGAAUAAUGAAGCAAGCCUUGCUAAACUAGACAGUCCACAGAGCAGACCAAGAGCCACGCAGAGAAGCAUCUCUUCCCAUAUUUCUAGUAUUGGUCCGGUGUGCCUCAGCCACUGGUGUCUAAUGAGAUUCAGUACCCCCCCAGUAUCUCCUAGGCCCGGUGACAGUGUUGCUGAGGGCUCGCCUCAAGUGCUGACAAGGCUGGCAGCCACCAAGUGUGUGAUGUGCUAACUUUUCCAACUGCUCACAUGUUUUCCACAUUUCCCCUUUUUAAUGGUUGAAAGAAUGAGCCAAUCUCUGGAAUUCUGUAAAUGAAUUGCUCCGGAGUGCCUGGAGAGUGGGCUGCCAGUCAUUUUACAGUAUUAGUUUUGCUUCAAUGUUUCUUAAAUGGCAUUUUAACUGUUUGUGUUAGUUGGCAAACCUGUCUUUCCUCGAUCCCUUGCUGUUUUUUUAUGAUUGUUUUACAGGGGAGGCUGAUUUUGUGAGGUCUUGCCAAUUCUUUAAUUGUCCCAUAAACAUUUUUCAUCUUUCGCUUCUCAUUCUUUCAGAGUAAGCACUGGCUGCACAUCCAACCUAGUUUUAUUGCCUGGCUUGUGAUGAAAAGGGUGAUAUCUGGAAACUUGUUUCAGGGAGAACCAAGCUAUGCUCUUAGAGCUUGGAACCCUCUGAGGGGAAAAGAUUCUGUGCAGAAACAGACAUUCUGUUCUGUUAGCAUGCUGACCCGCUAACGAACCGUGGUCGCUUUUCCCCUCUGAGUGAUGUGCUGCUCUGCUCAAGGGACCUGUUAUUAGUAUUCUUUUCAACCUUGAGAUUUCCCCCCUCCACCUCCCCUCUCCCCACCUCGUAUCUCCUCUCUCCCUCCUUAAUUUCUUGUGAGACAUCCAGAAAACACUAGAAUGAAGGAUAAGUGUCGCUGUACAAGUGUGAAUGUACUCGAUUUUUGCCCAAGCAAUGUUGAUUCACAUUUAAUUUAUCCUCUUUUGUCUUACCCCUAUCGUUUCAAAUUCAAUAGAUGGGGAAAACAGUAGAUUGGAUGGUCUGCUGCCUCAGAGCAUCUCUGUUACAGUGUCUCUUCAUGGACUUGUAUGGACACUAUGGGUUACUACAUAGCCUGGUCUCUAUGGAUGUUACGGUGGUCUACUAUAAAACAGCAUAUGUACUUUUUUUCUUUUUUUUUUUUGCCAUAAUGCAUGUCCAAGUGGCUUGUUACUGGUGAACUCUGUUAAAUACAAGGUCAUCUGAAUAUUCUUCAGGUUUUAUUUAGAGAUGAAUUCAAUGUGCAAUAAUUGUCUUUGUGACAAGGGUAACUCAAAUGUGACAGAUAACAACUGGUAGAUCUAUAGAUGAUUUACUGAAUACAUUAUUUUAUUAUAAACAACAAAAACAAUAAUAAUGAAUUCUAAGGCAUAAAUAUGACUUCCUUGUCUUGAAAGGACAGGACAUUUAUUGAAAAAGAGAAACAUUUUAGCUCUGGUACUUCAGCAAUUGCACUUUACGCACCUAACCUUAACCUUCUUUUGUGUCGUUAGGUGUGUCAAGGUUUUCCAGGCAUUCUAGAUGUAUUUCAACUAACUGAAAAGUACAAAGACUGAUACCAAUUUGUUGUUAACUGUUUUGGGUGAAUCCACAUUAUCCAGCUUGUUCCUUUGGAUGAUCCUGCAAGCCUUAGUAUCACUUGAUUCGUUUGUAGUAUGCCUGUUCAUUCAUUUACUAUUUUGUUACAGAAGCUGGUGUCUCCUCAAUAUCAUGUAAAUGCCAUUUUUACACAGAACAUGACUAAUAUGACUUAUAUGAUUCACCUCUGUCCUCCGUUGCUUUUCAAUAGCAUAUUUGUAACAGGUGAUGGUCCCCUUUAGCCUAAAUGUUCUAAAUAAUAAAAUUAUGUCAGGUUUGUGAAAAUAUCUACUUUAUGAAAUUUGAACUUGAAGCAUUGGUGGAUAUUACUAGUUGUGCAUUGUUGAUGUUUGAAAAAAUACAGAUCUUCUUGGGCGGGCCCUGAGAAUGUUUUUCACUGUACAUACCAUCCAACCUGUACAUUGCACAAAUGUCUAUUGAUAUUUAGCCUGUCAGAAUUACUUGUAUGGUGUCUGAAAUACAAGAAACCCAUAGACUUACAUACACAAGUUAAUUACUCCUAGCAGUAGUUGUCAUAUUUAGUUUUAAUACAGUGCAUUUCAUAUCGAUUGUAAACAAAAAAUACCUGAAAACACUUGUUCCCAGUGUAUUUCUGAAUGUCUUAAAAAAGGGAGUUGUCAACCUGUUUAUUAAUAAAACAAUACUAAGAAAGGG